AUGUCAACAGCGAUCAUGUCGCAGUCCACAAUUGCAUACGAUCCAUACCUUGCGUCCUCUUCCUCAUCAUCUUACUCGUCAUCUUCUUGCUACUCUGGCUCUGCCUCGUCUUCGCCGGCCACGACACCACCACCACCACCAACAGCAGCAGCAGCAGCAGCCCUCCAAGCCGCAACAAGGAUGUGCACUACUACCACACCCGAGGAUUCUCUACCCUUUGUGGUGCUUGUUGUCGAUGACAACCCUAUCAACCGCAAAGUGCUUACUAUCCCACUUCGCAAGCAAGGCAUCCAAGUCGUCGAAGCAGAAAACGGUCUCGAAGCUGUCCAGCGCUACGCACAGAUCCGACCCGCACUCGUACUCAUGGACAUCUCUAUGCCUGUCAUGGAUGGAUUUGAAGCAACACGGCAGAUUCGAAUGCACGAAGCAGCACAGGCUUCCACACCACCCUCCCUCGAAACUUCUGGAGCGAUCGAUCAAGUGAUACAGAUGAUGUUGACGCAUCAAAGAGCGCGCAUCGUAGCAGCAACAACUCACUCUGCUGAUCGAGACUUUGAGGAAGGUAAACAGGCAGGCAUGGACGAUUGGUUGUUGAAACCUAUCCGACCGAGUGUGUUGGUGCAAGAUAUCUUGGAGUACAGGAGGAAUCACUUGCAGGAGUUUGCAGCUACCUUGGGUGCCCUUGGUGUGGCAGGCAUGGGUGUCAGUGCAGGAGAGACAGCAAUGGAAAUGGUCAUGGAGCAAGCGGCGACGCCCACUGCCACUACCAACGCAGGAGCGGCGGCAACCAGCCUUGUUGCCUAA